AGUGUAGCUAUGUUCAAGAGUUCCUUUGGUACCCCGGCUGCCUCAACGACCGGCUCAAUUUUUGGCUCUGGAUCGACAACUGGUACCAAAUCCUUGUUCGGAAACACAGCUGCCUCGACGGGGACCUCUCUUUUCGGUGGUGCCACUACCACAGCCGCCUCAACAGGGGGUUCCCUGUUCGGGUCAAAUACUAGUACUACCGGCAGUGCCUUCAACUUCAACACUGCUGCUAAACCAGCUACAGGAGGUUUAUUCGGAACCCCCACCGCCACGACCACAGCUACUCCUAGCUUAUUCGGUAACACCACUGGAGCUAGUGGCGGUUUGUUUGGUGGCGGUGCUGCUACCACGGGAACCUCACUGUUUGGAGGCACCGCUAACACGGGGACCACUUCCUUAUUUGGUAAUAAGGCCGGGAGCACUUCCUUAUUUGGUAAUACUAGUGCGACUGCUGGGACUACAUCUUUAUUCGGAUCUACGCCGGCAGCUGGCAGUACUUCACUUUUUGGAAGCACUCCACAGCAGGCUGGCGGUGGUUUGUUUGGUAAUACCCAACAGCAGCAACAACAGCAGCAGCAGCAAGGUGGAAUAACAGAUCUUAACUCACUAGCAACUGUUGCUCAAGCUCUUUCUCUUCCGAUAAUCUGUGGAGACGAACGGGACAUGCUGUACGCAAAGUUCAACCAGUUGCAAGCUUAUUGGGGGCACGGCACAGUAAUCCUCAACCAAUCUGGCAACACCUUUCCCAUCACUCCAGAAUCUCCUUUCUCCAGAUUCAAAAGUGUUGGAUACUGCAGACUGCCUUCCACCAAAAACGAGGAUGGUUUGGUGGGUAUAUUUAUUGGCAAGCCGCUUGAUGACGUCACCAAGAACCAGACUCAGCUGGUAGCCUCACUUCACUCCAUACUGGGCGGGAAACAAGAACACGUGGUCUGCUGCGACAGUGUCAAGUCAAUCAACAAUUCCACUACUGAGAUUGUAAUAUACGUGCUGCUAAGAUCUCCUACUGGGGCCACACAACGCAUCCCUGCUACAGACCUAGCUUCCGUCCUCACCUCACCUAACAUAGCCAACCAACUCAAAUCUGGAAUGUUUGUUACUAAUGUCAUCAGCAAGGUAGCGUUCACAUCCUCCCAACUGUCCCUCUACCUUGACAAGCCUCCCGUGGGAAUCAGCCCUGUCUUAUGGGAACAAGCCAAGCAGGAGAACCCUGACCCUGUUAAACUCAUCCCUGUACCUCUGGUAGGGUUCAAGGCCAUAUCUGAGAGGUUGAGGUUACAGAAGGAACAGAGCGAGGCCCACUUUGCAAGGGUCGAACUUAUAGGAAAAGAAGUAGAGGACAUCAGAGCGGUUCAAGCAAACACACUAAGCAGGCUACAACAGCUGAAGAGAAAACAUUCCGAGCUUACCCACAGAGUCCUCCAGGUAAUGGUUGAUGUGGAGGUACAGAAGAAAGCAGGAUUCUCUCUCCAGCCAGAGGAGGAACAUUUGAGAGUGCAGCUAGAGAGUAUACAGCAGGAACUCAAUGCUCCCAACUUAUUUAAGGGAAGACUGAGUGAAAUGUUGUCACUAAUAAGAAUGCAAAGUUUAUCUGAGCCUGGAAACAACAGUUCCACUCAGAUGGACAACGCAGUGCUGGCCAGUAUACACUCCCACUUAUCAAGACAACAGGACGGUAUAGGCCAUCUCCUAGAUAUUAUCAGGGAUGAUCUCCAGCAUCUAGAUAUUAUCAAGCAGGGACUAGCUGAAAAGGUGGUUGGUACCUACAGAGUGGGGAUGAGACAGAUCCUGCCAAUAUGGAUUCUUUUCUUCAUCAACCUCUUCAACUACAUCGACCGAUACAUCGUCUCUGGGACACUCGAAAAGUUAUUGGACGAUUUUAAUUUGUCGUUUUCUCAAGGUGGCUUACUGACAACAGCUUUCAUCGUAUCUUAUAUGUUUUUGUCACCUGUCUUUGGGUAUUUAGGUGAUCGUUACAACAGGCCGAGGCUCAUCGCUACUGGUCUUGUCAUCUGGGCUGCCUCCACUUUUAUGUGCUCUUUUGCACAAACGUACUGGCAGUUGUUAGUGCUGCGUGGGAUAGUGGGUAUAGGAGAGGCUUCGUACGCGGCUCUAGCCCCGCCCAUCAUAGCGGACAUUAUCCCCGCUGCUCAGAGAACCUUCUACCUGUCCUUCUUCUUCAUCGGUACUCCUGUUGGAGGAGCACUUGGCUAUAUAAUCGGUGGAGGAAUAUCGGACAGAUAUGGAUGGAGAUGGGCUUUCAGGGUGUCUCCCCCUGUUGUUGUCCUGCUAGCAAUUGCCACGCUGUUUCUAGUGCCCAACCCUGAGCGAGGAGGUGCAGAUAACGCUAACAACUCCGUCCAGCUGACACAUUCCCAGGAGAUCAGGGCCGGUCAGAACCCUUUCGUUCAGCUUGCUGUUGAGAGCUGGACUCUUCUCAAAACGAAAUCGUACUUGUUCACGACUUUAGGCUUCUCCUGCCUCGCCUUUACUGUGGGUUCCCUGACUCAGUGGAUACCUGUGUAUGUGGUACACGCUUCCGAGAUGGCUGGUACUCCUUACUCCAAUUCAGAGGCGAACUAUAUAUUUGGAAUCCUGACCUGUGUGGCGGGAUUUAUCGCGAUUCCACUUGGUUCGGUGGUUAGCAAGUUCCUGGAACGGUACACAAUGAAGGCAGACCCUCUCAUUAACGCGGUGGGGAUGCUGGUAACAUCUGUUACUCUUUAUAUUGCUAUAGCAAUGGCCCCCUACAAUAUUGCUACGUUUUGGGUGUUUGCUAUGAUAACUCAGAUCGCUGCGUUUAUUGGAUGGGCUCCCAAUACCGCUAUUAUUUUGUACACGACCCCAGCUCUGAUGAGAUCCCUUGCUCAAGCAGUUAAUAUUCUCUUCUCUCAUCUCCUGGGGGAUGCUAUAAGUCCAACUAUACAGGGAGAAUUAUCAGAUAAAAUAAAGGAAGCGUUUAAAGAUUUCGACAUGUCCAUCUCUACAGCCGUCGCCCUGGAAUACUCCUUCUUCUUUUCCUGUUUCGUGUGUGUUCUGGGUAGUGUUUUCUACUUUAUUGCCGCAGAGUUUGUUAUUGAGGACAGGGCUAAGGCUGCAGAUACGGUUGUAACCCGUCGUCCAACUGUUGUAUCCAGUAGAACCCGAGAGAACUCCGCACUGAACGCUAGUGGGUUCCUACGUGACGAGUACGGUAGGGAUCAGGAUGUCACCAGGCCCCUUAUAGAGGCCCAGGAACCCGGAAUACAGUCAAUGUGAUAUUUUGGGGACUAGCUUUUAGGAAUUACAGGAAACUCAAAAUGGAUAUUGGAUUAUGACGAAAAUUGUUGAUAUACUUCUGUAGUCUGUACUUUAGUAUUUUAGUAUCUAAAGAAUUUCUUCAGUUGGAUGAGGAUCGUCUCUAACAUUUGAAAUCCUGACUUUGCCUUCGAAGUAAUGAAUUAAAAGCCUGUUUUUUAGUAAUCCUUAUCCUUUGAAAUGUAUUCGACAUAUACAUAAUUAUAAUAUGCGUUAAACCUAAUUUACAAAUUAUGUUUUAUGCAGCGAUUUCAGUUUUCCCGUUUUGUAAAUUACGCCGAAUUUAUAUUCAAAAUUUUUGAGUUUUAAAUUAUAUAAGCAUGAUUGAACGUAUUAAGUAUUUGAUAAUAACCACGUCAGUGAUCUUUGUAUUGUGUGUAAUCAAUUUUUUUACCAAAAGCCAGAUCA